CAGCACAGUUUUGUUUACCUCCGCGAUGAUGGCGGCGAGUGUCACGAGAUAGACCUCUGCCUGCCGCUGCCCCUCCCGCCACACAGCCUUCCGUGGGCUUACAUAUCACUGAACACGUGCUUACUCUCCAUUAAGACUACAGGGCCUACGUACACAGGAAUAGAACUUUUAACUUAAGGGGAAGAGUGUUAAGAUGGUGGAAGUGGUAAGUCAGUGUCUUGGCCUGUCUCCCUUCUACUGCUGCGCAGGACCCUUGCCAGACUUGGUUGAGGCCUUCAUUUGUUCCCCAUGGAUGAGGGAAAUUGUAAAGGACGGGGUGUACUCAUGGCCUCCAGAGCAUGAAUCAUUAUCUGCAGCAGAAGUACAAUCAGCUCUGCAGCUUGGCCAUCAAUUAGAACAUCCCUGGCAAAGAGUAUUUAUACAGGUUAUACCAAAAAAAGGAUGUGAUGUAUAUCCACUGGCUAGGAACUGUAGCCAGUCUCUAGGUCUUUUAGCAGAUGUAUCUUUUUCUCAGCUGCUUCAUUAUGUGGCUACAUCCAAUAACAAAAAUUUAUGGAAGGAUGCUUUCAAAAAAUACUCAGAGCAUGGCAUUGCUGUGCAGGGCAAGGGCGGAACACAAGUGGGAACUGACAGCAUGAGCAGUGUGCUAAGAGAGGCAGUACACCGACUUUAUGGCUGCAUUCUGAUACCACUACAAGAGAACAGUGAUCUACAGUCAGCCACUCUGAAUGGUCCAUCAUGCAGACCUCAUUCCAACAUCUUACCAGCCAUUUGUGCCCUGGAAGGCAAGCACCACAUGUUUGUUGUGUUGGAGAAUGUGGGUCACAACAUGCAACACUGUGUAUCUUUCAGCCCAGCCAAGCUAAGUGGGUCUGAGGUGCGACCUCUCUUUGUGCUGUAUCAGCUACUGGAGGCUGCUCGUGAUACCCAUGACCGUGGCCUUCAUCUGGGUGAUGUCACACUCAGUCAUCUGUUUGUUGAUGAUGCACUCUACCUCAGUCUGCUGCCCUGCAUCCCUGACAGCCUUGUUGAACCAGAAUCUCAUCCUUCCCAGACCAAAGAUGUAAAUAAUGAGGAAGCAUGGUUGAAUGAAGAAGCUGUCAAUCCCCAGGGUGCACCAGACUUGGACCAUCCCCCAGUAGACAGUUCCAAGAACAUACCUGGAACUUGUUCAGGUGGAAGAUUACAUGACUAUCAUCAACUCCUAUCAAGUGAUGAUGUUUAUAACAUACUAAAACAAGUAGAGGGAGGUGGUGAGCAAUUGGAAGCAAUGCUUCAGUGUUCCCUAGUCCACCUUACACAGCUAUGGGUGGGGCACCAGAUUACCACUUUGGACUAUCUACUUUGCUUAAAUUUCUUUGCUGGGAGGAGGUUCAAUGUACCCAACCACCAUCCCAUUGUGCCUUGGGUGACAGACUUUUCCUCUAGAACAUCAGGCUGGAGAGAUCUCACUAAAACAAAAUUUCGGCUGAACAAAGGGGACCAGCAGCUAGAUCAAACAUACCAGAUGGCUGCCACUCAUGGUCAGUCUAAGCAAACAGCAGCUCACCAUGUAACAGAGGUAUUCAGUGAAAUAACAUACUACGUGUACAAGGCUCGAGUAACUCCUAAGGAAGUCUUGACUAAGUAUGUACGCCAGCAGUGGGUGCCAGAACAUUACCCAUCAACUGUAAGCCGCCUGUAUGAAUGGACACCAGAUGAAUGCAUUCCAGAAUUCUAUACUGAUUCUUCAAUUUUCAAGAGUAUGCAUGAAGACAUGGGUGAUCUAGAAGUACCUGAGUGGUGUUCAGAUACAGGGAACUUCUUGAGUCUUCACCGCAGUAUGCUGGAGAGUGAGAGAGUGUCUCGCAGACUUCACCAUUGGAUUGAUCUUAAUUUUGGGCAUAAACUGUCAGGAGGAGCCUCAGUUAAGGCUAAAAAUGUAUGCCUGCAGCUAGUUGAUCAUCACACAUUCCUGGCUAGUGGAGGCGUGGUGCAGCUUUUCACCACACCUCAUCCACCGAGGCUUACUUCUUCCCCAUAUCUUGGUCGCUCACCUCCAAAACUAACUGUUACUCCACACCCAGAGACAAACAACCGGAAAGGUUACCAGUCUGAACCAGAGGGAGGGGAAGCAGAGCUGUCUUCCUCUGAGUCAGAAACUGAGAAAUGUGAUGAGCAGAGUGAAGCAGAUUCAGCCCCAGAAAGACAAGAUGAGGAAAUGGAAAACUUCAAAGCCUUGGCUCUUUCCAAGAAAUUGAGUCGUUCAAGAACAUCUUUAUGUGAAGAAAAGCAAGCAGAAUUACCAUGCAUCCAAUUGCCUCAUGAUUAUAAUCCUUUAGUUGCAAUGAAUCAAUUAGAAAUGCAGUUUAAUUUUGUACUAAAAGCUUCAAGAAGGAUUCCAAAGCAGUUAAUUAAGUUUAAGGACAAUCAGCAGGCAGUGAAGCAAGCAGCCCAUUUAAGACGAGUGAGGGACAUGCAAGCUAUAGGCUGCAUGAUUGUUGAAAUGUUUUCAGCUUCCAAAUGCCGAGGUUUAGGAAGGAGAGCCUCCCUCAGGGAACGAUAUGCUCAUGCUCAAAAACUGUUGGCACAUGACCAAAAUGACAUGCCUCGCUGUGCUCGUCGAGCCUUGCAGAUCAUAUUCCAGAUGUUGAGUUCCCAAGAUACAGAGCACACAAGCCUUCCUAGUAAAUAUGAUCCUGUAUCCUCAGAUGGUCUGCCACCUCCUAGCCCUCACCAGUUGUUGCAGCCACUUAUUAAUUUGGUGGUUUUUCCCUCAUAUUUUCCUAAGUUGUAUAGAUUUGUGUGCAAAAUGAGGCAGUACUCUUGUCUGUUAUAUGAAGCUCAGGGCAUUCAUGUUGAUCCACAUGAGAGAAAGGAAUAUAUUCAGAAAGUGAUGGCAAAUAGAGUUAAAAUGGCUGCUAGAGAUCUUCCAGAUAUAUUGCCAUCUCUUUCCCUGGAAGGGCUAGACCUUAUUUUACCUUUCCUGACAGAAUUAUUUGAGUGUCCAGAGAGUGCUGUGAGUGCUGCCUGGUACCUGACUUCUAUUUUAGCUCAGGCCCUUGGACCUGAAGGAGCAAACAAACAUCUUUUACCACCUUUGGUGAAAUUGUUUGAAGCCGAAAAUGUAACUGAUAAACAUUUAAAGCUCUUCCAUCGAUCCUUCCUGCUGCAACUGAUAGUGUGGCUGGGCUUGGAAAAGUUUCUUUCUCACUUCAUCACUCCUCUUAUUGAGGGUGUAGGAGGAUAUAAGGAUAUUCUGGGGAAAAGUCAUCAAUCACCUGAAUUAAUGAGGAAGCAGUCAACAAGUCUCAAGAGUGUGGACAUAAGUUUGGGUGUUGAAGGAGUAAUAUCACCAUGUGAGGAAGACUCACAUUCCAGUGCUGCUGAAAUUACUCUCAGGCUUCAUUCUGACCAGGAUCAAUCUACUGAUCUCAAUCCAGAAGAGGCUGAAGCAGAGCCAGAAGUUUUUGUAUUUGAAGGUGGUGAAGAAGAGGUUGAUAGCAAGUCUCCAGACACACCAUUGCAAGAUACUAGUGAUCAAUUAAGUGGUGCAGAGCUGCCACAUCUAGAACUAUGUGAUUGUGUAUAUUUCGUCUUCACAUCUUGCAUGACACAGCAGUCCAGGGCCUCCGCAUGUAGAAUUGUAUCACCCAUGGCUUCUGAAACCUUGAGUUUGGAUGACGUGUCUCUUCAGGAAGGAAUUGGUUCUAUUCCAUCUCACUCUCCUUCUCCAAGUGCUGGUGAGGAGGAGGGAGAAGAAAGAGGAGAGGAAGUAGAAAGAGAACAGGAAGAAAAUGAUGAGGAAGAGGAAGAGGUCCAUAGUGAACUUGAUACUCCAACUCCUCUGGCAUCAGCUUAUGCAGCUUCUUCAACCACUGCUUACCCAAUGUCCCCCUCAUCAGUCACUAGUGGUAUCAACAUUCCCCGUAGUGGGGCAUUGCCUGAAAUAUCAUCUACCAAGUCUGCAAGAGAAUAUUCCAGCUCACUCCCAGACUUCCGCCUUGAGAAAUUUAAAUGUGUUACCAAUAUUGACACUGAAGAAAGUAAGGAGUCUUUGCAAAGACCUCACAAAGAAAAAGAAAGCCCAUAUGAUCGAAGCAGAAUUGAGCUUGGUCACAGCAUGUCAGAUGUAUGUUGUGAGAGUGUUUUAUGGUUGGCAGGACGGCUCGGGCCUGUCCUCACUGCACGUUAUGUGACUCGCAAUUUACUGCGUAUGCUAACCCUCUGCUACUUGCCAGACUCUGGUGCUUUGGCUCCACUACCUCCAGAUCCUGAUGACCUACUUUCUGUCACAAAAAAGCGCAUUGUGGGAGAUUCAUAUUCCAAGAAGGUGCUCAUUUGUCUCUCAGAAAUUGCUUGUUUGUAUGGUGAGCAAGUGAUAUUGCUUCAGUAUCUCUGUCACAUAUGUGAACUUGUGGCCUCAUGUCGCCGCAAGUUGUCAGCCACAAUGGAGGGUGGGCUUCUGGGAGCUAUGGCCCUCCUGCAACACCUUUUGCCUUAUCUUACUGAUUACACAUUUAUGGAAUACCUACAGGAAACUCUGAUCCGUAAUGCAGUUUAUCCAGUGAUCCGUCUGUUGUCCUCUACCAAAGUCAAUUUCCCUCAUGGUGGUGCUGCUCGUGGAGUGUUGGCUUGCAGAGUAAUUGACUGUCUCUUCAUAAUGGCCCGCAGAGUUGGCAGGGAAAUGAGUAAGAGCAUCUUGAUGCCAACCAUUACAAGAUUUCUGACAACCUUUGACAAAUGUCACAGUAGCUCUCUUGGACAACUAGCAGCCUUAAACAGGUCAAAUGAGGGAGUAGAGACAGAAGACAGUGAGAAAAGUUCAGGUCCCUAUCAGACAUCUCCUGUUAAUGAAGACUCAAUUAAAAUUAAGGCUAUAGAAGAGCUGAAGGAAGUGCUGACUCCAGAGCUUGCCUACCUGUCCUAUGUGCCACUCUGUAGGUUCUUGGGUCCCUCAUACAUGGAAGUCACCUUGCCCAACCAUGAUCUUCUGCACUCUCUCUGUCUCCAGUUUGAUGAAAAUAACCAGGCGGACCAUGCAGCAGUGUUGACUGAUGAUGGCCUAGGACUGAGUAGCUCUGGUGAUGAGGCUGGUGGCGGCGGGAGUCGUAGGAAAUCUGUCUCGAGCAGAGGAGGCACCAAUGUUGCAGUAACAGGAAAUAGGAUUGAUAUAAAGGAUGGAGCAGAUGGUGUCUUCAGUCCUCUCACAGAUCUCCCUCCAUCAACUGGCUUUGCCACAACAGUUGAUAUUACCAAGUACACAAAUACAAAAAUGGAAAAUACUCAAAGGCAUCUGCGAGGCAAUUGGUUGGCUUACUGGGAGCAUGAAAUUGGACGAAGUGAACAAGAUACAAGAUUUAACUUCAAACAAAUCAAGCUGCAGACAUUUGUAGGCCAUAACAACAGUGUAAAAUCCAUCCAAGUACUGGAUAAUGAAAACUCCUUCAUUUCCUGCAGCAAAGACAAGACGGUAAAGUUGUGGUCCUUGCGAAGCCAGGGUGAUGGAAGUUCCCAUGUGAGCCCUCAGUGGACUUACACUGGCCACAAGAAGUCAGUCUUUGGAGUGACUCUGUGCGAGUCAAUGAGAUAUGCUGCAUCCUGUGACUCAACCGUCCAUGUUUGGGAUCCCUUUAUAUGUGCUACCAUAAAGCAACUUGACUCUCUUCGUCAUAGUCCUGUUACAGUUCUGACAGCUAUGGCAGCACCUUCAACACAGUUAGUGGUUGCAACCACUGAUGCAACUCUGAAGUUCAUUGAUCUUAGAACUUGCAGCUAUAUACAUGAAUUUAAGGUGUCUGUGGGAGGUGCAGGGUUAGUACGUUGUAUUGACUCAAGUGGGGAUGGCCACCUGGUGGCUGUAGCGCACUCCUCAGGGGUGAUAUCCGUCCUUGAUAUACGCACAGGACAUCUUCUUUCAACGUGGAAACCACACGAAGGAGAGGUGUUAUGCAUGAAAUGGCAUCGCAACAGCACCUUCAUUAGUUCAGCUCUUGACCAAACCAUGUCUGUGUGGAGUACUGAUGAUACCAAGCUCAAAUUCACUCUCAGGGGUCCAACUGAGCCAGUACAUCUGAUAAGCCUAUAUGAGGAUGAGGUCAUCACUGGCACCACAGCUAACAGAAUUGGAGUCCACACCUCCAUCUCACCCACUGCCUCAUUCUCCUCCACUAGACUACGAUCAGACACUUUCAGGGGUGUUCUCACCACCAUGGCAGUCCUACCCCUCAACCGACUGAUGCUUCUUGGAGCUGAUAAUGGAACUAUAAGACUACUAUGUUGAGGCUUUAACUAAUGUGAUAUUGUGAUUUUUAAGGGUCAUUUCUAAUAAGCUCACAUACAGGUUCCUGAUUAAGUUGUCAGGUGUUGUCAAGAAGAGAACUCUCAUCAUAUCAUUGUUAAGUAUGAUUUUAAGUUAAUCUUAAGUAACACUGAUCUGAAACAUUUACUGUUGUACAGAUGAAUUGUAAAGUAUGUACCUUAAAAUAUAUGGGAUUUAUAUUUUAUAUAUUGCCUUUCAAGUAAGUCAUGUAAUUAUAUAUAAAAAAAUAAAGCACAUUUGCAUGA